AUGCACAUCGGCUUGGGGAUCAGUGCGACGGAAUUCAACCACUCACAGCGUUGGAACCCGGCCAUCCCCCUCGAGUCAUAUCAGGACUACGUCGAAAGCGCACCAAGUGACACUGCCGUCCUGGCGUCCACGCCCAACGGAACUAUUGGCGGAACGCUAUCAGGGACACCGUCGUUUGUGCGUUUGCCACGUUCGCACAUCUUCCAGGAAGUCUACAUGGCUGUCCUCAACAGACCCCUUCAUCUGGGAGACUGCGGGAGCUGGGUGAAGGACCCUCUGACUGGGAAGCUUUUCGGUCAUGUCAUUGCUGGGAGUUCAACAACAGGCUUGGUACUCGUGAUGCCUGCAGUCAAAGUAUUUGCCGAGGCU